UAUAAUAUAGUCUCCUUGGUGGCAACCAAAGAGACUAUAUACUAUAGUCUCCUUGGUGGCAACUGUGUAUCAGUCAUUCCUGCUGGGUACCCUGUCACGCGCGCAUCUCGUUGCUAUUAUCUCCGCCAAUAAGAGACAGUUAUCAUGGAUAAAGACAUAGUAGACGUGGUGGUGCUGGGGGCGGGGGUCAUCGGCUCGUGUGCUGCCCUCAGUCUUCGCCGGGCAGGCCAGAACACGCUCCUCAUUGAGCAGUACCGCCUGCCUCAUGGACGCGGCAGCAGCGGUGGGCUGGCGAGAAUCAUCCGCCUCGCCAACACGGGGCCGCCGCAGCUCACGCCCAUCAUGGACGACGCGUACAGGCAGUGGAUGAAGUUAUCUGACAUUGUCAAGGAGGAGCUCAUAAGCCCCGCCCCCUUCCUGGUGGUGAGCCAGAGGGAGGAGUCCAUCAGGAAGGCGGCGGCCUCCGUGGAGUUGGGCGGGAAGGUCCCGAUCUGGCUCACCCCCGCCCAGGCCAACGCCAAGUACUCAACGCGCUUCACGGAUGACUUCAGGAUCUUCGAGGACACAAUGGCCGGCGUCAUACGGGCGGACCGCUGCGUCGCCGCCGUGCAGAGGCUCUACCGCGAGGCCGGGGGCCGAGUGCUGGACGACUGGCCGGUGACGGAGGUCCGGGGCGGGCAGCCACUGCUCACACUCAAGGGCCCUCGCGGCGAUGUUCAGGCCCGCGCCCUCGUCCUCUGCGCUGGGCCGUGGACUGCCUCGUUGUUGGAGCCCCUCGGCGUGCAUCUUCCUCUUAGGCCGGUGAGGACCAAGGCUAUGAUUUGGAAGAACAAAACCUUCCCCCACGCCUGCUUCGUCGACCUCACUGACCCCAACUACUUCUACGUCCUCCCCGCCCUGGACGCCGCCGGUCGAUGCAAGGUCGGUCACCACGGAGGCAUCGUCACUUCCCCUGGAGGCGCCGAGCCUGACUUGAGUCAUCUGACGAAGGACUCUAUCGUUUACUUCAACAAGUUCUUCCCCUUUGAAGAAGCUAAGCCGGAGGAAGAGGAGCUGUGCUGGUACACGGUGACGCCGGACAAGGAGUGCAUUCUAGACCGCUGCCCGCGCCACUCCAAUAUCGUCUACGCCGCGGGCUUCACAGGCACGGGGUUCAAGCUGGCCCCCACCGUGGGUAAUAUCUUGACUGGCAUGGUACUUGGACAUGAUCACGGGUUCGAUAUCUCGCCCUUCGCAGCCCAGCGCUUCGCCCACUUCAAGAACCCCCUUCCCCUCAACAGCAAAUACUGAUGCCUCAAGCCUUGAAGCAAUCUUAUCUUGCCCCUUGAUCAUUUUUGGUUUCGUUUCAUUAUUUUCAAUUUUAGAUGUUAACUUAAGACCCACGACCGUCCGUUCCGCUCCUGUUUGCGCCAGAAAAUUUGCAAUCAAACGAGUAGUAAUUUUUUUUUUAUCCUGAUGGGUUUAUUUUACUGAUAGAUGAGUUAACUACCGUCUUCGCUUCUGGUUACUUUUGAUAGCUAAACUUUUCAGCUCUCAGUGUUUUUUUCUCUUUUUUUCUUAAUAAAGAGGAUAGCGAAGAUCA